UGUACGUGUUGUUGCGGUGAUACAUAACCGAAACCAUAAAACUUCUGAUCGCUGUACAGCAGAAUGUUUUGUUCGUUUGCCUGUUUCCAGAGUUGGACACAGAAGCACACCGCGAAGGAGUACUGGAGCUGCAGCUAAAACGUCGGACCAUACUCUUCUUACCGUUCUGAGAUGUGCCAUUAGCUGAAAGUAGCCGGUCUGGAGCACAUCAAAGCGCAAGCUAACCGGCUAAAUACGUACAUGUCACUUCGUUAGCCGACUUAAUUACCACUUUAACCUGAAGUCAUUAGCUAGCUAAUUCAGAGAAGUGAAGCUAAGGCAGUUGAAAAAUUAUCAGGAAUGUAGCUAGCUAACUUCCUGGAAACUGUAGACUUAUGUCGAAAGUAUUCUUUUAAAAUGGGCACGCGUCUUCUUCUAUUAUGACUCAGUGCUAGUAAUCUUGGAAAAGCAGUAUUAAUUGCUUAUAGCGACGGCGGUUUUUACUUUUUGACCUGAUAGCAGGUUAAAGGAUUGAACAGAAUUAUCACUGGGAUUGGACCUGCCUCGGCUGGUUGAAGUUGGACACGCGAGUCCCAGGACUGAGAUCUGGGCCUACCAAAGUAAACUGCAGAGUACACACCCAAUAAACACACCUGCAGUGGAGCCCAGGUGGGAAACUCUGGGCAUUCUCAGGAAGAUUAAGGGAGAAGAGAAGAGAAAAGAAAGUGCAGUUGUACACACUUUCUCUGCUUUGUUCAUCUUUGUGCACUAAAGAGAGAGGGAGAAAGUGACCCCACAGCAUACCAUGUGGGCUUAAAAUGGUUUCGGACGCUAAGGUGUCGCAUAGUCGUCACCACACGCACACACACGUCUGUAGACAUGGGAGGAGCUUGUGUCUUCACAAACUUCUGAAAAGCUCCUGUUGGUUCCCUGGCAGAGAUAUAGACACGCCCCCAAACACAUGGACCUGCAUGGAUGCCCUAACACAGACCAGCUUUCUUUUGUCGUUGUGAUCCGAUAAGAAAACAUUUCCGCUUUCUUACUUUUUUCUUUUUUUAUGCUUAAUUAGUUCUUUUUAUAUGUUGUUGAUUUAUAAUUUUGAGCGUGGAGUGGAACAGGACUAAGUACGCACACACACACAAAGCACUCUUUGUUAGUCAGCUUGUUUUCAGCAGUGACUAGCAAAUUUUUCUGUCUCCUUUAAUAUUUUCUUUGGUUACGUAAUUCCCUUUUUUAUUUCUUAAGCAUUAAGUAUCCAGUUCCUUUUUGUUUGCAUAAUCCUCACACGCACACAUACACGGUCAUAUCCUCCCUAGUGGUACGGUACUGAGAGUGACUGUGAUAGAGAGAGAUCACUGGCUCCUGCUGGCUGAGAGUGACUGUGAGAGAGAGAGGGAUCAGUGGCUCUUGUGAGUGACUGUGAGAGAGAGAGAUCACUGGCUCCUGCUGACUUGCUGCUGUUCUGAUUUUAACUUCUCUCUGUUAGUAAGAUGCAUUGUGCUUUGCACUAAGUGAAGCUUUGCUGUCACUUUUUUUUUCAUUAUUGCACCAAAUAUACGUUUAAGCCAUAUGAAAUUAUUUUUUUGAUGAAACGACAGAUAUUUUUUUAUGACAGUCUAGUUUUAAUCUGACCCUUUAUUAUUAAAUCGAUCACUUGUGAUAUAUGCAUCGAAGGCUGAUUUGCACAGACGCUACUCACAUUUUCACACGGUGGGAGGGCUUGCUUCCAGCCCACAUCUUCUGUCGGUUGUGAAUACUUGAAUUCUGACCCACGGGCACACACGCAGAGCACACCCCUGUCCCCCUCUCUCUCUUUGCACUUUUCCCAAACUCCACUUUGUUUUCGCCAGAAGUUUGUCCGGUACAAUGACAGUGCAGUGUUUCUUCCUGAGGAGACGGAGUUUCUUCUCUUUCUGACCUCCCUGCCAUUUCUGUCUUACUCCCUCCUGCUCUCCCCUCAUGCCUACUGGCUUCAGUGUGGGUGGGGCUUUCGGGGACCCCUCCUCUCCGUCCCGCCCCUUCCGACCCAGUCGCUAUGUACCCGUUGCCGCAGCGACAUUCUUCUUGGUGGGGUCGACGACGCUCUUCUUCUGUUUCACGUGUCCUUGGUUAGCAGAGCAUUUCUCUUCCUUCAUCCCACUCUAUAAUGCUUUGGUUUUCCUCUUCACACUGGCCAACUUCUGCAUGUCCACCUUCAUGGACCCGGGCAUUUUCCCCAGAGCGGAGGAGGAUGAGGAUAAAGAGGACGAUUUCCGUGCUCCACUCUAUAAGACAGUGGAUGUGAGGGGGAUCCAGGUGCGGAUGAAAUGGUGCUCCACCUGCCGCUUCUACAGGCCCCCCCGCUGCUCCCACUGCUCUGUGUGUGACAACUGUGUGGAGGAGUUUGACCAUCACUGCCCUUGGGUAAAUAACUGUAUUGGCAGACGGAACUAUCGUUACUUCUUCCUGUUCCUGCUCUCUCUGACCACACACAUCAUGGACGUGUUUGGAUUUAGUCUGCUCUAUGUCCUCCACCACACCAAACAACUGGGCCUCAUACACCCCAUAGUAACUAUGGCAGUGAUGUGUGUGGCUGGGCUGUUUUUCGUCCCAGUUGCUGGCCUCACUGGGUUCCACAUCGUAUUGGUUGCAAGGGGGAGGACCACCAAUGAACAGGUGACGGGAAAGUUUCGGGGGGGUGUGAACCCUUUCACUCACGGCUGUCUGAGGAACGUGUGUCAUGUCCUGUGCAGCCCCCAAGCACCCAGGUAUCUGGGUCGGUUGCGACGGCCACAGACAAUCGAGGUCCAGCCGCCGUUCCUGCGGCCUCCGCUCUCUGAAUCUCAGCUCACAGCCAAAGUCCUGGACAAUGGAAUCCAACAGUCAAAGAGCAGUCUGGAGAUGAUAGAGAGUCAGUCUACAGAUGCAGAAGCUCCUCCACCUCCCAAACCAGAGCACAGAUACCCAGGACUGCCUCACACACACACUGAAGAGAGCAGCAGUCUGUUGAAUGAGGCUCCGCCCACUCCUUCAUUGUAUAAAUAUAGGCCAGCGUAUAGCAGCCCAGGAAAGAACCAUGCUGCCUUAACACAUUCCAGCAAGAUGAGCAGAGGAGACAGCGUGACGGAGUCCCCUUCUACCCCCCUGUCCUGCGGGCAGCCCAGCUAUCGCUCAGACCCUAGCCUGUCGAGUCGAGUGGGUGGCGGGUGGCGGGGGGGAGGGGAGGGGGGCAGUGCAGGCUCGGGGGGGCUGGGUGGGCCCUCCACGUUUGGGGGGCGGUCUUAUCCCUCCUUCACUGACACCAUCCUCCAAUCAGCAGCAGUCUCCUGUUCCUCCAGCCUGCGCUCUGGCCAGACGGGUCGUAACGCUUUGGGUCCGUUACUAUCGGAGGGCACCACCUCCACCAGUUAUAAAAGCCUAGCCAAUCAGACACCACGCAAUGGCAGCCUGUCCUACGACAGCCUGCUCACGCCCUCUGACAGUCCAGAGUUUGAGUCUGCCGCACACGAGCUCUCCCCUCCCAGGCCACACCCCCCAGAUUCGCAUGAGUCCGCCCCCUCGGCACCUCCCAUGCUGGGUUACUCCUCCCCUUUCCUGUCUGCCCAGCAGAGAGAGGGUUCUCUCCAGGCUUGCCCUGCCCCCCUAAGACCCUCCCCCAAUAAAGCUUUCCUACGCCCCACGAGCCCACCACCCUCCCGCGCCCCACCCCUUUCUCCACGCACUCACUCUCUGGGCUCACCACCUCCAGGCCCCGCCCCUGGUCAGACACUGGGCAAAUCGGUGUCGUACACAGGUGGAGCUGAAUUACAACAACGCCCACCCAGCGCGGGGGGUGGGACUUCAAUGCCAAACUCUGCCACUCGACCAAACCUGGCCAAUCAUAGCCCUCACGCUCAUUUCAAUCCGGCCCACAAAACAGGGGGUGGAGUGAAGACGCUGAGUGGAGUUGGAGGAACAACCUAUGAAAUUUCAGUGUGAAUGAAUGAUUGACAGCUGAGAUACAGCCUUCACGCAGUUCAUUCAGCCAGGCCCAACUUACUCAAGAAACACCUUUACCCCCCCCCGGUUCACAUACACGCACACACACACCUCACUCACAUAUGUCCAAGAGAUUGUCCUACGUUUUACCAACAAGACAAAGUGGAACUCAGUGAUGUCAGCCGAUGACCGACUGGUUGUGAGGAGCCUGGUACUUACUUGAUUGAAGACUUGGUAUAUGGAUCGCUAUGUAAUCUGUAUCCAUUCAAAUUUAGGAUUUGGUACAUGUACGACCUUAACUGUAUAUACGCUGAACUGUGUCGUUGAGAAAGAGGAGCAGAAAACCGUGAUGGGCAGGGAGCUUGUUAGUUUUUUUCCUAGGAAACAACAGCUUGGAAAACUGCGAAUGUAGACUCUCGCCUCCUGAUUGGUCAGAAAUCACAGCCGUGUCCUACCCUGACUAAUCAGCAUUCAAGACACUCAUGUUUGAGAGACUGUUUCAUUGGACAGAUUACACAACCUUGGUUUCUCCCUUGGACUCGUUUUCAUUUUCAAUUUUACUUUUAUCUUAAACAAAGGUUAUUUUAUAAUGAUUCACAUUUGUGUAAAAGUUGUUUUGGGACAAGACUGAUUAGAAAGUGAGCCAGUGGUGACAAGAAGUGUAUGUAUCUGUUUUGGGGAAGAAUCUGACAGAUUGGCUGGCAACAGCCAUCAAAACAAUCAGAACCAUAGCCAAAGAGACAUACCUGGUCAAGGAUCCUGUUUUGACCUCCUGUAUGGUUGAGAAUUGGAAAGAAUCUAACCACAGAGAAAACACACCUUUCAAGCACAAGAUGUUUGUGGGAAGUCAUCAAGUUAUAAGAAAUGCUCAGAAUAUUUUAUGCAAAAAUGUCUUCAGUAUCUUCAGUACCUGCCCACCAAUCAAAAGCCAUGGUGUUCUUUGGCCUCACAUUGUCAACCAAUCACAGGAGGGCUUAAGUGCAGUGAGCAGAGAAAUGGUACUGUCAUACUGUGGUUUGUUGUUGCCAUAUUAGACCACAGACAAAGAGACUUUGAUUAAAUUACACUUUUAUUAUUAUUUUGUAAAUGUUUUUAGCUUUUUUGUUUUGUUUGAUUUCCAGUUAUUGGUGACCAUUAAGAGCCAGAGUAGAACUAAACCGAAUGAUGUGAAAACAUCUGGUUCAAAGGGGCCAAGUUGCAGUUUAUUU